AAAGUUGCGAGCUUUCAUCAUCGCCGUCUAGCGCAGUCCUAUGAAAACUCGUCACACCAUUCCACGGUUACUCAUCCUCGAAGAAAAUAAAAACAAAAAUCCAGUAAACAUUAUACAAUCCGUAAAAACUAACCACAGCAAUGAAUAGCGCUCUUUGAAGCGUUCACGUGUUAUAAAUACUAAAUCGGCCAAGCGUGGCGCGACGGGUAGCUUAACUAGCGUUCGCAGAACCAGCAAACUGCACUUUCGCAGCCAAUCAGCGAUAGGAAUGACGACCAAGAACAAAAGAAAGCCCGUCGAUUGUUGGCAAAACCGUGCGCUUGGAUGCUCUUGUUUUGGGGUUAGCUUGGGUCAAUAAUUUAUACCGGAUUCAUGGUCUUGCAACUUUCCGUUGCUCGAAAAAGGAUUGGUUAUUACUUCCCAUGGGGGGAAUACGGGCUAUGAAAUGGACUUGGUUUGUUAUUUGGAUUGUAUCAUCAUGUUAUAAUAGUUUUAUCCUGGCAGAGGAGACCAGAUCAACAUUAGGGACUUGUUCAAGUAAAGGGAGCGAUGGCAAUGACGGGAUUUGUGAUCCCGGCGAGGAAAACAAGUACAAAAAAGAUAAGAACUUAGACAAUUAUGCGUCUACGGCGAGUUUCCUGGAUGAGAAACUGCGAGACCUGGAGUUCAAGAACACUAGUAGUACAUCAAAUAAUUCGGCAGCUACUGGGCAGGAAGCAUCUGAAGAAUGGCCGAAUCUACAGAUACCAGUGCUAGAUGGCGUAAAGGUUGGUCACGUGCAAGAGGUUGAAGUCACGCCCGGUGUCAAACGACAAAUCAAGACCUUGAGCAUGAGGCCGCCCAUAUUUGAAAUCCCAGACUUCCUUUCGCCCCUGGAGUGUGAUUUCAUCACGGCGCUGGCAGAACGCAAGGGCCUGGGCCCUAAUGACAAGGCAACGCAUAACGAGGGGGUGACAUUCGAGGACCCUGAAAACACAUUCACCAAUUGGGACUACAACGGCGACGGGUUCAUCGACGCGCAGGAGAUAGUGCUUCUUCCGGGAAAGAUCGACCUUAAAUUCGAUGAAAAGGACGCCAAGAAGAUGUUUUUAGAACUAGGCAUGGACAAGGAUAAUAACGGGAAAAUCGAUUUGGAGGAGCUCAAAAAUACCGAACUCAGCAAAAUCAAAGAAUACUUCUUAGAGCGCCUGCAAGACAAUGAUCAGCGGCGUAACGCGACCAGUACGCAGGCGUGGCUGUGGCAUGACGACGACGAGUUGCUAAGAUACCAGCCGGAUUUGAUGGACAGGUUCCACGAGAGAUUGGAAGCAAUAACUAAGAUUCCUAAAGAAAUCAUCGAGGAGAGCGAACCUCUACAGGUGUUAAGGUAUAACCAAGGUAGCUACCACUACUGCCAGCAAGACUCGGAGCCGAACGUGGUGCAAAUACCGUGCUGCCAGUACGGAGAUACCAAGCAGUGUCGGCUAUGCAGGUUUAUAUCGGUGGCGUAUUUUCUAAAUGACGUGGAGAACGGGGGAGAAAUAGUAUUUCCUUUGGCGAAUAGCAAAUUUGAGGAUGACAUCAUGCACAACACGGGGAACUGGACGGGAUUCUUCACGUACUCCAAGACCACCGGAAGUCGCACAGCUUUUGAUGUGCACCUGACGUUCCGCACAGAUGGCGCCAACAAGGUCCUGCAAGGAAAUGGCACAGAUGAGGGCGGCCAAUUCGAGUUCACGGACAGUCUAGUGGCAGAAAACAUCGUCAGGUUCCGUAAGCGCUAUGUGGACAUGCGCCCCGAAGAACCGGUCCACACCAUCAAGUACGCCGGGCGGAUCAAAGGGGGGUCUACCAUAGAGGGCCUGUGGUGGGUACCAGGCCACCCCAGGAUGCACGGCAAAUUCUUCAUGUACUACAAGAAAUACGACAAAUGGGUGGACCGUCAACUACAGAAGUGCGACACAAGCGCGUAUUGUCCAAAAGCCAGCCUCUCCAUCAAACCCAAGAAAGGCACCGCCCUAAUGUGGUACAAUCACAACACAAACAAAGACGGAUGGAUCGGUUCCCUUGACGACAAGUGUUACUUUGGCAACUGUGACGUCAUAAGGGGCGACAAAUGGAUAGCGACAAGCUGGAUUAACGUCAUUGGCGACGGGAACACCACUCUACGCGCGUGGCGAAGUGGGAAGAACUGGCUGUCUGUCCUGAACCGCGCAAAGCACACGGACAUGCUUGCUAAAAUGAAGCGAGAGAAGAAAAACGAAGAGACGGACGUCAUCCAGGAGGCGUUCAUGAAAGACAUGAAAGAGAAAAAAAACUUUGCGCCGACCGAGAACAGGCAGCCCGAGCGGCAUGUGCUGAACGCUGUGACGUCACUCUUGAAUAAGCUGAAUGAUCAGGGGAUCAGGGACGUGUCCAAGAAGAUCCACGAGAAGCUCAGCAUGACGUGCAUCCCACUUGUUCUCAACCACGAGGGCAAGAUCAGGGUCGUGGACGGGAGCACAGAGUAAAUGGCUUUUCUACCGUUAAUAUAGUUCUGUUCGGGAUACCUGUGGUUAGGCAAUAAGGCUCGUGGCUGGGAUCUGAUACUGCCUUGCGGUUGCCCUGUGGUAGGCGAGUCCCACCAAAUCUGUGCAUCUCGGGUCUUUUUGUGACUUCUAUUUAUGAAGUCGACACGUCGACGUUUUUAUUUUGUGAAUAAGACAGCCGUUUAUACAUUGAUUUAAAACUAUUAAGACUCGAUAAAUAGCGUUUGAAAGAAUCUCAUUAUUUCACAAAAUAAUAGAGUUUUAUAGUUAGCAAAUUUUGUAAAUAUGCAUUACGUUUACGAGAAGAGUUAUAUAUAAUGACAAGAUCAAUUAAAUGUUUUUAUACAAUAAAAAUAAAAGAUAGAAACUGGC